AAAUUAUAUUGGACUGGAUUAUAAUUUUACUGGAGCCAGGCCCAAUGAGAAUAACCCAACACUGCGUUCAGUUUCAUUUCAUUUCAGCAAAAUCAACGAGAGAGAGAGAGAGUGGUGUGGAAUUGAGAUUGUUGAAGAAGAAGAUGGCAACAGGAGAAGGAUCAUCGAAGAAGAUGAUUGCUACGCCGGAGGAGAUGGUGGAAGCGAGGGUUCCGUUGGCGUACAGAGACGAGUGCGCACAUUUGCUGAUCCCUCUCAACAAGUGCAGGCAAGCGGAGUUCUACCUCCCAUGGAAGUGCGAGAACGAACGCCACUCUUACGAGAAGUGCGAGUACGAGCUCGUCAUGGAACGGAUGCUUCAGAUGAAGAAGAUCCGCGAACAAUCCAAACAAACUCUCCCUCAAGCUGCUGCUGGUGGCGCCUCCGUUCCCCUCAUCCCCAAACCUGCAAAUGCCUGAUGAAUGAAUUGAAG